GCGCAGCGCACAGCUCCAUUAAAUGGUUUUCCCCUUUUACCCAUACAGCGGUAAUGCAUACUCAACCCGGCUACACUUUGUGUCACAUACCGCUGAGCGCUUCGCCAUGGAUCAAAAGCACAAACAAGGCGAGCCGAGCGACGUGUUCGCCGGCUUCCGCUCGGCUUUUAAAUCGUUCGCCACAGACGCGAUUCACGUCGGCCAGGAGCCGGAACAGUGGAAGUCAAUGGCUGUAGUGCCGCCGAUUUCUCUUUCUACCACGUUCAAGCAGCACGGACCGGGAAACCACGCAGGGUUUGAAUACAGCCGGAGUGGAAACCCUACAAGAAACUGUCUGGAGAAGGCUGUGGCAGCUUUGGAUGGAGCAAAGUAUUGCCUGGCUCUUGCCUCAGGCCUGGCAUCCACAGUGACCAUCACUCAUAUGCUCAAGUCAGGAGAUGGAAUCGUCUGCAUGGAUGACGUGUACGGAGGCACAAACCGCUACUUCCAAAGAAUUGCCACUGAAAUGGGUCUGGAGGUGUCUUUUGCUGAUUGUACAAAACCAGAGCUGCUCAAGGCCGCUCUGAAGGCCAACACCAAACUGGUGUGGAUCGAGACACCCACCAACCCAACGAUGAAGGUCGUUGACAUCAAGACCUGUGCUGAUUUGGUCCACGAGCACAACAAAGACAUAGUGGUAGUAGUGGACAACACCUUUAUGUCUGCUUAUUUCCAGCGACCCUUGGCUUUGGGAGCAGAUAUCUGCAUGUAUUCAGCCACCAAAUACAUGAACGGUCACAGUGAUGUGGUUAUGGGUCUGGUCUCAGUAAACAGGGACGAUCUGUACGAGCGACUGAAAUUUCUGCAGAACGCACUGGGCGGUGUACCGUCUCCCUUCGACUGCUUCCUGUGUAACCGUGGACUGAAGACGCUACAUCUGCGGAUGGAGCGGCACUUCAAGAAUGCCAUGGCUGCUGCCAAGUUUUUGGAGGCUGACCCCAGGGUGGAGCGCGUCAUCUUCCCAGGCCUGCCCUCUCACCCUCAGUAUGAAGUGAUGAAGAAGCAAUGCACCGGAUGUCCAGGGAUGAUCACCUUCUACAUUAAGGGGAACCUCGAGCACGCCACCAUCUUCCUCAGUAGCCUCAAAUUGUUUGCGAUAGCUGAGAGUCUUGGUGGUUACGAAAGUUUAGCAGAACACCCGGCAAUUAUGACUCAUGCAUCAGUGCCAGAAAAGGAGAGGACUGUCCUGGGGAUCAGUGAUACACUGAUCCGACUCUCUGUCGGACUGGAGGAUGAGGCUGAUAUCAUUCAAGACCUGGAGCAAGCACUGGCAGCUGCUCAUCCAAAGAAGAACUGAAAAGUCUUCAGGGCAUCCUCGAGGCUGAAGCUGAAUCAGUUGAAGUCAGAAUGAAGACCGGAGGUACUUGAAAUCAUCACAGAUCAACGUACGGCACCUCAGUUCAACACAUGAACAGCAUAGAUUCACCUAUCAGGGAACAACUUGUUCUUGAAAAAUACAAAUCAUGCUAUCUGUAAUUAUUAACACGAUUUUUACUUGAGAAUCUUAUUGAUGCAUAUUUUACUAGAACAUCGGUUGUAAUCUUAUUUAUCGUAUGCAGGUUUUGCUUUGUUUUUAUGUUUGUUUGUGUUUUGUUAGGAGGGCUUUAAUGAAGCAAAUUGAUACAAAAGUCCUGUUCUGUCAAGACUGAUACUGAAUGAAGUUCUACAGAAAAAAAAAAACACCAAACACAAUAUUUUCCAUAUAAUCUAGCAACAACAACCAUGUAUUUCAGGCUGUAUCCUCAUUUGAUUCACAGAACCUGCCUUCCAAAUGAGAACUUUUAUAUCACUAUUAUGUCCUCAGUACAUCUGCAGCUGUAGUGUACUUGCCUUAUUUCCUAAUUCUUACUGGCAUAUUUUGCUCUGUAAAAUAUGUACUGUAUCAAUGUAUUAAUGAGAAUAUAUCAUCAUAAGAAGACUGACUAACCAGACUCUGACAGAGAUCACGCUGCCACCUACUGUCCAAAAGUCAGAAAUAUUUUCUCUGUCUUUCCUGUCACCAUCUGCUUACAGAUUUUAUGGACUUUCUCGAAGCAUUAGAUGAAUAUCCUUGUAACAUGAAGAACAAAUAAUCCUCACAUUCAAAAAUUAUGAGUAGAAUAUGUGUAAUUAUAUGCAGAAGCACAAGUUUUUGUUUGACUAGAAUUAUAUGUGUGCUUCGUUAAGAAGAGGAGAAGAAUCCAAUUCCUCUUGUUUGAGACUAAUCAGGAUAUUUGCCAAGAAUAAAGGAGUGUUUGUUACACACAUGCUCUCGCCUUAUUUGGAGUACAGUUUUCCAGCAAUGAUGAUGGGUUUUUUUUAUAGUAACAACAAAAUGUUUGUGUGUUCUUGAACUCAACUCAAAGCUUUUGAGUUGAUGACAAACUCUGCAUUUCUCCCAGGUCAGGACUCUCAUGAUUUUAUUUGUGCAGAGAAGAGGUUUUACUCAGGUACUCCCUUCUUCUGUUUCCUCGCUUUUAGUCACGUAUCACAUCACUGCUCAAGUACACGCUUCAUUUGAGAUAGAGCACUCAUGAUCAAUGUCGUUUAUGUAACCGACAAAUCCAUUAAAAUCAGUUUGCAGUA